GCAGGGCCCAGGUAUAGCCUAAAUUCUAUAUAUCGGGUUGGAUGAAAAUGAAACCGAAAUUUCAACUCUUUCUUUCUGCUUAUCAUAAAUAAAUUUCUCUCUGUGUAGAAAACUCAAUUUCUCGUCAGGCCAAAAUGGAUGCUCUGGACUCAGUUUUCGAUCCCCUUAGAGAUUUCGCCAAAGACAGCGUUAGGCUUGUUAAGCGAUGCCACAAGCCGGAUCGCAAAGAAUUCACGAAAGUUGCUACUCGUACCGCGAUCGGUUUCGUUGUGAUGGGAUUUGUAGGGUUUUUUGUCAAGUUGAUCUUUAUUCCUAUUAACAACAUCAUUGUUGGUGCUUCUUAAAUUGACUUGGGACAGAAGAAUAUGAAGAUAUAAAAGACAUGAUCUUGUGGAAGUCUUAAUCUGCAUUUUUGAUUUAUUAGUUCCUUUUGUGAAAAGGUCCCUUUCUGUUACCUAAAAUUGUACCCAUGCUUUUCUUGGGAUUGUCUUAAGUAUGAUAAACUUUGUUGGUAUUGUUAAAUAAACAGAUCUCAUCUUUUUCUUUAUGGAAUUCAAUUCCAUACUGACCUCGGCCCUCAAACGAAUUUCAUUAAAUGGGGAACUCCUUGUCCUCUUCUUCUUUCCUUCCCUACACUCACCAAAACCACCAAUCUGUAUUGAUUUGUUACAAUUGAUACGUGUAAGUAAGGUUGCUAGCAGAAAGGGAAGAUAUCAUCAAGUUACGAAUCUGUCCAACCUCCGUUCAUCAUUUGAUUGAAUAAAGAAAAGAAAAAAUUGAACUGUUCUAGGAAUAAUACAAAAGAAACAAAAUAUGCAAAUGUCUUUUUUUGAUGAUGGUGGUGUCAGGGCCACGUUGGGGGGCACCUUGAUUAGUCCACCAAGUACUUAUUACCAGCACAGGUAUUUGGCAAUUCAAUCCACCGGGGCCUUACACACAGAGAAAUCACAUGACGCGUAGUCGUGUAUUGCCUUUGUCUUGAUAUAAAUCUUAGUAUCUCAUAGUCCAUUCUAGCUUUCAUCAAUCGCUAGGCCACAACCCUUGUGUGCAAAAAACUGAACUGUGCAAAAUUAAUUGCCACUAUCUGUUCAGCAUAUUGUCAAACUUGCUUUCAGGAUACGUCUUUGGAUGUUUUUCUCCAUGGAUUGUAAAAUGCCAUUACAACUCCAUGACAGUGAAUUAUCUGGAAACACUGUCUUAAUCCCUGUCCUCCUUCAGAAUGUAUAUUAAGGUGCUUUGCUGUAUGCUUUGCAACAAGAAAACUGACUUUUUUGUGAAACUGCAGGCAUUGUGAAGGAGAA